CUUUACCAACCGCCGCUACCCGAUUGGGUCUUUUUUUUUUGGUGCUCGAGCACGAAGAAGACGACGACCUUAUCUCCAACUCUGUUGUAGUUCUCGAGCCUUCGUCCUCGUCUCUCUCCUCCUCCACAAACCCUAACCCUACCCAUCUCCGCCGCCGCCGCCAUGGCCGCUCACGCCGUCCUCUUCGCCGCCGCCUCCUCCUCCUCCUCCGUCGCCAUGGCCGCGGCCCCCUCUGCUCGCCCUUUCCACUCCGCCCUCCUCGGCCACCGCCUCGUCCUCUCCUCCUCCUCCCUACGCUUCUCCGCCGCUGCCGUCACGCCGAAGCCCCUCACCAUCAUCGCCGCCACCAAGAAGGCCGUCGCCGUCCUCAAGGGCAACUCCCAGGUCGAGGGCGUCGUCACCCUCCUCCAGGAGGACGAUGGUCCUACAACAGUGCAAGUUCGUGUUACUGGGCUCACACCAGGGCCUCAUGGCUUUCACCUGCAUGAGUAUGGUGACACGACAAAUGGUUGCAUAUCAACAGGGGCACAUUUCAACCCAAACAAUAUGACUCAUGGCGCUCCUGAAGAUGAAGUUCGCCAUGCGGGUGACCUGGGAAACAUCGUUGCUAAUGCUGAAGGAGUGGCUGAGGCAACAAUUGUUGACAACCAGAUUCCAUUGAGCGGGUCAAAUUCAGUUGUUGGAAGAGCAUUUGUGGUGCAUGAACUCGUGGACGAUCUAGGAAAAGGUGGUCAUGAACUUAGUCUUACCACGGGAAAUGCUGGAGGGAGAUUGGCAUGCGGUGUUGUUGGGUUGACUCCAAUCUGAUUGUUUAGUUCAUGCAUUUGAAGCUGUUGUUUAAUGAAGAAACUGAAGCUUCUCUUGUAGUUUAAUCCAGAACGAAACUAGUUGAUAUGUUGGGAGUAAUGCAGAGACAGUAUGCUUUUGAACUCUGUGCCUUUUUUUUUGUAUUAUCUCUCAUAUCUCUAGCAAUAAAAAAGGCUUGUUUUGACCUUUGUGAUUAGUGCAAGAAACUUCUGUGCAUGUGGGGAUC